AUGACCCACAUGAAGCCAACAGUAGAAUCCAUUGAGAGGACCGAUGACAAUAUCGAGGCCCUCAAGGAUUCCACUUUGCGGACCGCCGCGGAGAGUGGCCAGGCUGCGACAGACAAAUAUGGCCAGUCUCUCGUCUAUAUCGACCCCGUCGCCGAGCGUCGUUUACGGUGGAAGAUCGAUCUUUACGUCGUCCCAACAGUAGCGCUGCUGUACCUCUUCUGCUUUAUUGAUCGCGCCAAUAUCGGCAACGCGAAGAUCGCCGGCCUCGAUACCGACCUCAAAAUGAAGGGCUACGACUAUAACAUCAUUAUCACCGCCUUUUACGUCUCCUACAUCGUCUUCGAGAUCCCCUCCAAUAUCGUCUGCAAAUGGAUGGGUCCGGGUUGGUUUAUCCCCAUCGUAACGCUUCUUUUCGGAAUAGCAUCGCUGGGUACGGCGUUCGUGAAGACCAUCCCACAAGCUGCCGUCGUGCGCUUCAUUCUUGGCAUCUUCGAAGCUGGCAUGCUGCCCGGAAUCGCCUAUUAUCUCUCCCGUUGGUAUCGUCGUUCUGAGCUCGUGUUCCGUCUCUCGCUCUAUAUCGUCAUGGCGCCUCUUGCUGGCGCGUUUGGCGGCCUUUUGGCUUCGGCGAUUCUGUCUCUAGAUCAUUUCGGCGGAUUGCACCGCUGGCGCAUGAUCUUCGCUAUUGAAGGCAUCAUCACCAUCGGCCUCGCUUUGAUCAGCUUCGCGACACUCACCGAUCGUCCCGAAACGGCCCGGUGGCUGAACCAGACCGAAAAGGAGCUCGCGAUUGCUCGAGUCAAGUCUGAGCGUGUUGGUACCACGGAGGUGCUGGAUAAGAUGGAUAAAAUCAAGCUUAAGCGAGGCAUCCUAUCCCCCGUCACCCUCAGCACUUCCUUGGUCUUCCUAUUCGAUAACGUUACCGUCCAAGGUCUAGGCUUCUUCCUGCCAACCAUUGUGAAGAGCAUCUACAAGGAGAAGACUACCAUCCAGCAGCAACUAUGGACAGUCCCUCCGUACGCCGUCGGCGCCUUCUUCACCGUCCUGUUCCCUCUCUUCAGUUGGCGCAUGGACAGGCGCCAGAUCUUCUUCAUUAUCUGCGCACCCAUUUGCAUGAUCGGCUACAGCAUGUUCCUAGGAUCCUAUGACCAGUCUGUCCGCUACGGUGCCACCUUCCUCAUCGCGUCUUCCAUGUUCGCUUUCGGUCCUCUGACCAACGCUCAAGUCUCGGCGAACGUUGUCAGUGACACCGCUCGCAGCGCGGCCAUUGGUAUGAACGUGAUGAUGGGCAACAUCGGCGGCCUUGUUUCAGCUUGGUCAUUCCUUCCUUGGGACGGCCCCGAUUAUCAUAUUGGAAACGGUCUUAAUUUGGCCACCUCCGGCACCAUUCUGAUACUCAGUGUCUUCACUUUGAUCUGGAUGAAGAGGGAUAACAAGAAGAGGGAUAACCGGAAUAUUGACGCGGAGCUGAGCGGGAUGUCGCAGCAACAGAUCCAAGACCUGGACUGGAAGCAUCCGGCUUUCCGUUGGAAGCCUUGA